GUUUGAUUAUAACCUUCCUUAACUGUGUUACCUUACCUUCCUUCCAGUAUGCGAUUGAGAUGUUCGUAGAGUGAUGUCCGAUUUUAUUUUUUCUCUUCUUAUAUAUAAUUGAAUCGGCGAUACAUUGACGGUGUUUUUAUUAAUUGUCUGCAUUUUGGAAAUUUAAGGCUGUGAGGUUGGAAUUUUCCCUAUUAUAACCUAACAUUAAUGUUCUGUCCCUUGGUGUUCUGGUGUCCGCACCACUCUCCCUUGACCUUCGAUGUAUUGCAAUGGUCUAAUUAUAGAGAAAAUGCGAAUAAAAAUUCAUUUCAAGGUAAAUGGAACCGACAACACAAUUUUAUAGACCGCAGAGUUAAUUGUGAGUAUGUAUCUUCUUCUCUUCUGCAAUUAAUUUUCCAGAAGCUCAAUUCAGUGAGGACAGAUUCCAUUUAGGAAAUGAGAAUGACGAUCUGAAGAACAAAAUAAAAUCGAACUACAUGAAAGCCCUUAAAAUCCAAGAGGAAUCAAAGGUGAAACUGAGGCCUGGGGACUUUCAUUCAGAACUGCGAUGAAUAUAAAAUUACGAUUCAAUAGUAAACAGAUAUUUUUUAUUUAA